CCGAUCCCGAGCGAUAGCGACGCUGGCGCGGCCGCUGCGCAGCCACACACCGCACACCGCACGGGCUCUCACACCGUAUCGUAAUUAGGACAAUCGCGCACGAUUCAGCACAAUGGAGAACGUGAUGAGAACAAAUGACCACAGAGAGGAGGAAGCGAACGAAGCGCUGCAACUGGUUAAGAACGAGGAGAGACAAGAAAUGGCAACUAGCGAAUGUAACCCUAACACGUCCAUAGCGGUCUCCGGUGCGGAAGGGUCAACGAUCACCGUGUCGGCAUCUAGCGGAGAGAUGAGCGCGGAGCAGCACUCCGUCAUCACGUCCCGCCGCACCCUGCGGACCAUCACCACAGCCGGCCACAUCACCGACGCGCCGGACAUGAGCGACGAAGGCGUCAAGGACGAGCCGCCGGAGCCCCCGCCGCUCGAGCAUGAGAUGCAGUACAAUGCUAAGCUGGAGGAGGAACGGCAGAACACAAGCCACUACGACGAGGAGCGCCUGCGCGCCGCUGAGGCGGAGACGGCGCGGUAUCUGGCGUUCAAGCAGGAGCCGUACCGCUCGCUGCAGUCACCGGCGCCGCAGUUGGACAAGCGGCUGCAGCCACAAUACGCGCGCGGGCCUCCGCCGCGGCCGGCGUACGGGCGCAGCCUGGCGCUGCGGUACGGCGCGCCGCACCACGUGAUCGUGGCGCAGGAGGGUGAAGGCGAGGAGCAGGCGCACGAGGCGUAUCUGCAGAAGGAGAAAAGCGAGCAGCUGCAGCAGUACGCGGGCGAGGCGCAAGAGAGCCGCCAGUACACCACCGUGCUGCCCGACCAGCCCGCCGCGCUCGAGAUGAUACAGACCACCUCGCUCAACAACCAGCAGGCCGUUGGCGUCGCCUAUCAGCAGGUGAAAUAUGAGACGCGAGGGGAAACGGAGCCGCGGCCGAGCACGUACGCUAGCCUGCAGCCCGUGACGUCGGUGCAGGGAGGGUACACGUACGCGGGGCAGAGCCCGCAGUACGCGACGGGCGGAUACAGCGCGUACGCGGGUGGCAAGGAGCUGCUCACGCUGUACGGCGCGGGUGCAAGCGCGGGCGCGAGGGGCGAGGACUCGCCGCCCUCGCAGCUGCUCUACCGUGCCGACCCCACGCUGUCCUCCUCCUCGCUCAACGCGCGCGCGCACGUCGUCUACGGCUCCGUCGUGCCGCAGUCGCAGGCGGUCUACGAGACGCCGCCGAGCCCCAAUUCUCAACAGCAAGUGACGCUGUACACGCACGGCAACACGGUGCAGUACAAGGUGGGCGGCGAGCACUACCUGGGGCAGGGCGGCGGCGUGGAGUACGUGCCGGUGUCGGGCUACGAGGGCGGUCUGCUGGUGGAGAGCUACGCGCCGCCCGCGCAGCCCUGGCCCGCGCACAAUCUGCUGCCCAUCGACGACGGCUUCGACCCCAGUAUGGCAGGCAUGGGCGAGGUGAAGGAGUGCGUGAACUGCGCGGCGGCCACCACCCCGCUGUGGCGGCGCGACGGCACAGGCCACUACCUGUGUAACGCGUGUGGCCUGUACACGCGCAUCAACGGCGUUAACCGCCCGCCGCUCAAGGGGCAGAAGGCUAAGCCGCAACAAGCUCUGCCCACCAACGGCAAUAGGCGCGUAGGAGUGACGUGCGCCAACUGCAGAACGUCCAACACGACACUGUGGCGCCGCAACAACAACGGCGAGCCCGUGUGCAACGCGUGCGGCCUGUACUACAAGCUGCACAACGUGAACCGGCCGCUGAGUAUGAAGAAGGACGGCAUCCAGACGCGCAAGCGCAAGCCGAAGAGCAUGGGCGGGCACAGCGGCGUGGCGCGGCCCGGCGCGCUGUCAGGGUACCAGCGCUAGAGCGAGCCGCGCCGCAGUACCGCCCGCCCUAACCGCUCGAGCCGCGCCCUAUCGUGCCAACGGCACCUGACAACUGCGCGAGUUCACUGUACAGUCACAAGAACAUUGCUCAAUAAUUAACAUUAUCAUUUGUAAUGGUAUAAAAUAUAUUCUCGAAAAUAUACCUACUUGUAAAAUAAUAGCCGACAUAAUAUAUUAUAGGUAAUUCGUAUAUUUUGAUAUAAUAUUUUAUCUACUGAAUCGAUUUCAAUGAAUAAGUAUUUUAAUUUGUGCUAUUAUGAAAUUGCUCUCCAAUAAUAAUAAAAGAAGACGAACAUAAAAACUCUUCCUUGACUCUGAAGUCGGUUAUUAGCUCUGAAUUGUUUAAACCUGUAUUAUUGUAAGACAACUAGAGUAAAUAUAGGUAGGUACUGUAAGUAUAUGAGUAUACCGCUCAGUAGAUACGAAAUCAAAUAUUUAAGUAACUACGAUGUAAAUAAUGUCACUAUCAGUGCAAUUUGUAAUUUUAUAAUGUAGGUAAAUACAUUAGGUACUAUCUUAAUCCCAAAAGCCAAAGAUAACAUCCUACACCAAAUUGAGACCAAACGUACCCACGUCCCACGGGCCACGAACGCGACGGCUAAAGAUUAGCACAACAAUAUGUAGAUAUUAAUUAAGUAGUAUUAUUACGCUGUUUAUUAAAAUAUUUUAUACAUAUUUAUUUUUGCAGAAACUAAUUUGACUAAAAUACAAAUAAAGUCUUUUAUUUGGUUUGUAUAGUGAUUACAUUUUAGAGAGUAAGAUCAAAUAAAUGACAAAACGAGGCCAUUCUGCCGCUGCGCUAUGUAAAUUGAAAUAAUUGUAGUUGUAUACCUUUGUAGAUAAGUUACAAUUAAGAUUUAGGCAUAAGAAUAUAGUUAAGAGGAAAUUUUAUACCUAAAGGGGAUGUAGAUAGUAUAGCAAAAUGAAUAAUUUAUUAAAGAAGUUGUUUUAUCGAUAGAGUUUUUGAUUAACCAAAAAUUAUAAUACAAAUAAAUGAUUUAUAAAAUAAUAAUGAAUAAUAAUUUGUGACGAAUUUAUUUUAAUAAUUAUAAUAGUGGGAGAGAGACGAGAGGGAUGAUUCAGUCGUAUGAGUGAAAGUUAAUAAUAUUAUACGUGCAUUUAUUUAUGUUAAAUAAAUUGUAAAUUAUUUUUAACACAUAGUAUUUAGAUAUUGAAAGUUUUAUAAUA